AUACGUCAUACAAACCAGAAACCAUCAACCUCUCAGCGCAAACCCUAGCUCCAUCCAUCCAUCCAUCCAUCCAUCCGCCUCCUCUCUCUCUCACCUCAUGGCCAAGAAACGAAAGCUCGACGCCAAAUCCGAUCCCAAGGCGGCCUCCGGCGGCGGCAAUACAACCCAGCCAUCUGCUGUCGAGGAACCGAUAAACGAUCCCAUGGGAGAAGAAGAUCACCAAGAAGAAAGCAUGGAUGGAGAGGGAGAGGAAGAGGAAGAGGAAGAGGAAGAGGAACCACAAGAUCACCAAACCCUAGAAACCCCCGACUCCGACAAUGAAGGCGAUGAUGCUGACGCCGAGGAAUGCGAUCCGGCGGCGAUCCAGAAGCUUCUAGAGCCCUUCCCCAAGGACCAGCUCGUUGAGCUCCUCCGUGAAGCCGCCGUCAACCAUCCCGACGUUCUGUCGAGCAUCUAUCGCCUCGCCGAUGCUGAUCCAGCCCAUCGUAAGAUCUUCGUCCAUGGGCUUGGCUGGGAGACCACCGCCGAAACCCUCAUCUCCGCCUUCAAGCAGUAUGGUGAGAUUGAGGACUGUAAGGCCGUCAUCGACAAAGUCUCAGGGAAAUCCAAGGGAUACGGCUUCAUCCUGUUCAAACACCGGGCCGGCGCUCAGCGUGCUUUGAAGGAACCACAGAAGAAGAUUGGGCACCGGACGGCCGCGUGCCAGCUUGCCUCUGCCGGCCCCCCUUCAGCCUCUACUCAGCAGCAGGCUCCUUCAGUGUCAGAGUAUACGCAGCGAAAGAUCUACGUGAGCAACGUUGGGGCAGAUCUUGAGCCUCAGAAGCUAUUGCAGUUCUUCUCUAGUUUUGGUGAGAUUGAGGACGGACCAUUAGGGUUGGAUAAGGCCUCUGGAAAGCCGAAGGGCUUCUGUCUGUUUGUUUACAGGACUGUGGAGGGCGCGAGGAAGGCUUUGCAGGAACCUCACAAGAAUUUCGAAGGGAUAAUCUUGCACUGCCAGAAGGCAAUCGAUGGGCCGAAGCCUGGUAAGCCUGUGUUUCCUUCUGGUGGAGGUCAUCAUGGUGGGUUUCAUCAUGGGGGAGCAUCCCAUGGGCCACAAUUCUCAAGGACUGGAAGUGCUUCUUCGGUAGGCCACUUGAUGGCCCCUCCGGCAACAGGGUUGAGUUUCAAUCAGGGUAAUCCACAGGCGGCUCUAGCAGCAGGUGGCCUGAACCCGGCUUUGGGGCAGGCUUUGACUGCACUGAUUGCGACCCAGGGUGGCGGGUUAGGCGGUUUAACAAACCUUUUGGGUUCUCUUGGAUCUGCGGGGAUAGGAAACCAGGGAGCAGGAGCAUCACUUGGAGCUGGAGGAGGGCAUGGGAUGCUUGGUGCAUAUGGUAAUCAGCCAGCCACUGGUGGUAAUUUGAAUGCUGGCGUUCUUGGGGGAUAUGGGGCACAUGGGCAUAUGCAGGGUGGGUAUGGGAAUGCAGGGGCAGGAGGAACUGGGAGGAACCAACCAGGAGCUGGUCACAUGGGUGGACCUUAUCAUUAGGUAAUCAUCAGAUACUUUUUAGGUGAUUAUAUCAAUCUAGUUGUGAGCUGAUGAAUCUUCUGGAGUUCCUUUUGUGUCCAUGCAACUGCUACAACUUUCAUGCUUUUGAAAACUGUCAUUUGGCUAUCAAAACUUUUAAAUUUCCCUAUGAACUCUCCUCUCUCUUCUCUCUGGUUCUUUAAAAUUAUGUAGUACUUUGAGCUACUAUAAUUGGCUUCAGAGAAGCCUUCUAAACUAUGUGGUCUAUUGUAAAAACCUUCUUUGGUUUUAAAAGCAGUCUGACUUAAAUGCAGUGCAGUAUUUGGUAUUUGUUGGUAUUUUUGUUUCCAUUCGCCCAAGUAAAGCAAGCUAAAUGUUAUUUUUUCCAGCAAAAUUGGAUUAGAUUGAUCUAUUCCGUGGUUAAAUUUAUACUUGUUUUUGCUUUUCACCAACAUUUGUUAUUUAUUUUUUCGAAAAGAACAAAAUGUAUGUGAUGCUGUUGAACGGUUUAUUAUGUGUUAAAGAGAAUAUUUGAUUUAUCUCUUAUUGUGUAUGUAACUUACUCUCUAAUCUGAUUCUAUUUUUUGCUUUACUAUUCUUAAUGAGCACUUUUUGAUGCAGGUUGAUCUUCUUCAACUGGUGGGUCUCUCUUUAGUAGUUUUGCCUUUUUUUUUUUUUUUACUUUUUUAUGACAAAUUCAAAACUAUUGAGUGCCUUGUUUUGAUUUUGGAUUUAAGGUGGUUAUUGCCCACAAAAACUUUUAAAUUGAUUUUGCUACAAUGUCACUGUAUUUGGACUAUAGUUUUUAGUCUUAUUCAUCUAGCUUGUUCCUUCCAUUUGUUUUAAUUAUUUUAAUAUGGAAACAUGCCUUCUCCAGGCUCCCAACUUUCUAAAAUUUUUGGAUUAGCCUAUUGGAAUGCUGUUAAGGUGUUUGUGUGAAAAAACCUUGUGAAGUUGUCAAUAAAUAUGCCCAUUUUCUUAGUCUCAUUUAAGGCUACACUUAGGUGGGCCCUAUUUUCUCUUGCUUUUUAAGCAUUCAAACCUUUCAAGUCUAUGUUUUGUUAUAUCAUUAUGUAUCUCAAAGCCUAAAUCUAUUGGACCCAACCAUCUUUUGAUGCAUGUGACAGAGGUACAUCGUAUUUUUGUUGGUACAUCAUAAUAUGGCUCAUGGCUGUAUGUUAAGGUGGUUAUUGUCCUCAAAACCUUGUAAAUUGAUUUUGCUAUGAUGUCAUUGUAUCUGUGUCAUACUUUUCAGUUUUGUUGAUCUAUCUUCUUUCCAUCUACUUUAACUAGUUUAUUAUAGUAAACAGGUCUUCUCCAAAUUCCAAUAUAUUUUGGUUUUUUGAGCAACCAAUUGGGACACUGUUAAGGUGUCUGGGAGAAAACAAAAUGCUUGUGAAGUUGUCUGUAACAAAACCCUUUUUGUAGUCUCAGAUAUCGCAAUACUUGGGUGGCUGUGGUUUUUUAUCAAGCAUUCAAAUAUUUCAAGUUUUUGUUUUAUGGAUAUUGUUUGUUCUUUCUCUCAAAACCUAAUUUGUCAGACAAACCCAUCUUUUGAUGCAUCGGAGAGAUGGACAUCGUAUUUUGGUUGGUGCAGCAUAACUUGGCUCCUGGAUGUAGUAUAAUGAUGGGAUCAUCUGCUGGUUCUCACUUCUCAAGCUGUGAGAUGGAAGGAGAUGUCAUGCUGUGAUCCAAUAGAAGGUAUGUACCUAGAUUUGUUUUUGAAUUGCUUUCCACCUAUCAGGGCUAGUAUUUUGCUUGCUGGUCACUUCAGAAUCUAGCUUUAUUAAGCAAAUAUAUUAUUGAAAAAAAAUCUACUGUGAUGACGGGUUUUAAUCGGUCAUUUAUUGAUUCACUCUAAAUGACUACCUUCUUUAGGGAAUCCACUGAAAUUGAUCUACUAGAUCAAAGGAAAACAAAUCUUAUUAAUUGCAUAUGUUACUCUUUUCUUCCAUGUAAAAGUAUGCCUUUGUUUGGCAAGGCACUGAUUGUGGUUUACAAAACAUGUUAAGACUUUAACUGGUUAGGUAUUGUUUUGUGUUCAAUAGAACUUGAAAAGGAAACCUAGCACCAUGAUGAAGUUUUGUAUAGUACACAGCUACACUUUCAAGACUAAGGUGUAGAUUUAUUGGCAUUGACUUAGUUUUAGUCAUAACAGGUAAUGUUCAAUAUUGAUAUUUAUAAAAACCUGCCGGAACCCUUAAUGCUGUCUCUUGUAGCUGUUUAAUUGAGUCUUUGAAGGCUUUUUAGUGCAUCCUGAUGUAUGAACUUCAAAGUAUAAAAACAACCUGGGAAUUUAAUGGAUGUGAUUUGUAUUGAAAUUCAGCAUCAGGAAAAGCAAUUGUUGGGGAUGAUAUCAAUUCAUUUUCAUCCCGUUAAGUGUGGCCUUUUAUAUUACUAUAUUUGAGAUCUCAACUAAUGGUUUCUUGUUUCAGCAUGUUUAGAAGUGCAAUCUAUGGUAGCAUUUGAUGGUAAAAUGAAGGUAAGUCAAGGUAAAUGGAAUUGGAUAGGCAGCUCUUACCAUUGGAAAGCUGUUGUUUUCCUGGAGUAAUUUUGCUGAGAGUGCGACCUACUCUGUUAAUGGUUUUUUUUUCCCGAGGCUAUUCUUGUAUGCAAAUGUUUUCCUAAGCUUGGGGGGUGGCCAUUAGUUUAUUUUC